GGCUAGAGAAAGUUGCACCAUUUUCGUGAGGGUGGGGGAGCGGCGGCGGCAGAGCACAAGCUCCUGUUCUGCACGAGAAAGGAAGGAAGGGUAGAGGACAUCUUCCGGCCCGACUGGGCUCGGAGAAGAUCGGAGGCAUCACGUGUCAUCCAGAUCACCAAUCAGAGGCCGAGUUCAGCCGGCUCCACCCAUCCUCUCCCUCUACCAGUUCCGGUUUUACACAGAUCUCGGUAGCAGCUAGGCUGGUGUGUCUCCGUGCAGGAGCUAAUAUUAUGGCCACCCAGUCAUCCAGCGAGAAGUGCCACCAGGAUGAGGUGCCUGGAGGGCCAAAGAAUGAGGGCACCGCCCUAGCCCCUGGCGACACCUGCGGGAGCGGUAUUCAAAAUCCUGUUGCCUUGGUCCUCACAGCUUCAGGUAAUGCACCUCUGUCAGGUGAGGCCGUGAGAUGCAGCCCGGCUGGUUCUCCAGGUUCUGUAGCCGUUUUGGCCGGUGAAGACCCACCACCUACCAUCGAGACCUGCAUGCCAGCAGAGCACGGUUCAGAUCUCCAGGUCAGCGGCAGCCCCCAAGUACGCCUUAGCCAUGUGGGCUUCCACAAAGGCGCCCGGUCGGGGGAGGGGCGAGCCCCAGAAGGUACGGUGGCCCAGAUCAAGAGCGGUAGGAGCAACCAUCCUAGGAAGCAGCCUGGGCACAAACGGGCUGAAGAAGCUGCCACAUCUCCAGAGCGCCCUCAGCUUCUUUGGGCCCCCACACCACAGUCAUCUGUGUCUCUGCCGCCAUCUUCUCCGAGGUUUCAGCUCUGCAUCGGCAACCAUUCUCACGCUUCUCCGCGGAGUCCGGCAACUCGUCCAGGGCCUGCCCUCCGCAGUCAAGCAGCCCAGGCAGACCCUGCUCGCCAAGGCGGUACUACCUCGACAGGUAAAGCUCAGCGCUCUACAUACGCUUCAGAUCCUGGAUUCUGCAGCAGCGCAUCCAGACCUGGUCCUGCUCAACGCAGCCAUGCCACCCUGCCAGGCCCUGCUCUUCACAGCAGUACAUCCCUGUCUGGACCUGAUGACCGCCGCCGUGCUACCCCGCCAGGCCCUGUUCUCAGUAGCAGUGGGUCCGAAUCUGGUCUUGCUCUCCCCAGCUGCUCCACUCCGCCAGGCCCUGUUCUUCACAGCGGUGCAUCCGGGUCUGGCUCUGAUGUUGGUGGCCACGCAACCAGGGCAAGCCUUGCUUUCCGAAGCCGCGCCACCCCACCAGGCCCUGGUCUCCGCAGCAGUGCGUCCGGAUCUGGCGCAAAAGUCCGCCGCCGCGCCACACCAUCAGGCCCUGUUCCCAGCAGCGCAUCCGGGCCUGGCCCUGCUCAACGCAGCCGCGCCACCCUACCAGGCCCUGGUCUCCGCAGCAGUGCGUCCGGAUCUGGCGCUAAAGUCCGCCGCCGCCGCGCCACCCCGCCAGGCCCUGCUGUACGAAACCGCACAGCAAGGUCAUGCUCUGUUUCCCUGAGCAGCUCCCCUCUGCAAAGGCCCGCCCUUUUCAGGCAGGGUGCUCUUCCUGUGUCGGGUGGGUGGAAUCAUUUAGCUCCUGCCGCCUUAAGAAAGCCUGUCCUUCAGAGGACCUCUCUUUCUCCUGAUCCUGAGGCCCAAUGCCCGCCCUCCCAGCCUGUUCAUCGUGCUGUUCGUAUGCGUGCCUCUUCACCUUCACCUCCUGGUAGGUAUUUUCCUUUGUUUAGGAUUUAUGAUGAGCGCUUCUCCUCCUCCUCCUCCUCCUCCUCCUCCUUCUCCUCCUCCUCUUCCUCCUUAACGUCUGUAAUCCUAAGCCCCUCCUCUUCCUCCAGUGAGUUUUCUGGCCAGAGUUCCUCUUCCUCUCCUAAUUUCUAUGGCCUGAGGUCUAUCCGUACUCCUAGCCCUGACAGUCUAAGGCGUGCCUUGCUGCCUGAGCUGGAUGCCCUGGGCGCUGCCAUUUCAGGAGAGCAGGAGGAAAUAAGGGGCCCUCCUUCCCCUGAACCACCUGUACUGUGAUGAUCAUUCUCCAGGACACACAGAAAGAAUGACUCUCAAUCAGCUAGAUGCAUGAAUGGUUACUUUGUGCUUACCUGUGAAGUUUCCAAGAGUUCUAGAUAUUAACUAUUUUUUGAAGCCUCCUCUCCCUAUGACUCUACUGCCCAGGACAUACCUGUUGUUGCCCCUUGAUUCCAGUCCCUUCCUCAAGUGAACCUGACUUUGUCCCUGGUUUGAAGAAAGUUCAGUUUUCUAAGUUGCUUUU